CCAUCGUUGUUCAAUAUACCAAGAUGUUCUUUUUGCUCGUAUGCUGUUGCGCGAAACGAAAUGUGUGACUUGUUUUAUGGAACUUAAUUGAUUGAAAACUUACUCGAGAUACCUAAUCCAAAUAUGUUAACCUGAUCGUGAAAAUGUGCUUCUUUUACAAUGAAAACUAAUUCGUGCGAUUCGAGAUGAUUAUUUACUUCAAUAUUAUUUUCCUCAGUACACAAAUUUUUACCACACCUGCACCUGUCACCGCGGCGAUUCAAUACACACCUUAUGUAGACUUGUGCGACUAUGUCACAGCUCGAAAUGAAUCCAGGAUCGAAUUAUUCAAAAAGAAUCAAGCUCAUGCUGGAUUUUUCACCGUUAACAAGAAAUUCGACACGAAUUUGUUCUCGGUUUACGUAAAAAGUAUCAAUAGCUCUGAAAAAACUCCGCUCAUUGUUUGGAUUCAAGGACAGCCUGGAAUUUCAGCUCUGUACGCAAUUUUUGCACAACACGGUCCUCAUCACGUAGACGAAGAUUUCAGACCGACUGAAAGAUUGUAUGCUUGGACUAAACACUACGAUGUUUUGUAUCUGGAUAAUAUGAUCUUCACCGGUUACAGCUACUCGAAACACCCUUCAAACAUCAUCGUCUACUUACAAGACAUCGGUCGCUACCUAUACGAAGCUCUCUUCCAAUUCUACCAAAUAUUCCCGGAAGUGGCUUCCAAACACCUCUAUCUCGCCGGAGAAUUCUACUCCGGCAAGUACCUGCUACUGCUGGGCAACUACAUCCACUCUCGAAACCCUUUAUCUCACGUUAAAAUGAAUUUACACGGAAUUUACAUCGGUAGCGGGUUCACCGAUCCUGUCAACAUGAUGGACUAUUCGUCUCUAUUCUACCAAAUCGGUAUAAUCGAUUACGACAAAAUGAAGGACAUCAACAACCUAGAAAGCACCAUCGUCAAAGGCAUAUUUUCCAAAAGAUACGACACAGCUAGACAACAAUUCGACUCCGUCUGGGUAGAAUUAUUCAACGCCGGAUUCCAUUCGCCGAUGGAUUUCACCAGACUGGACUUGGAUUACGAUACGAACGUUAUCGAUUUCAUACAAUCCGAUGUGUUUCGAAAAACAUUCGGUUUAGUCGACCAUCCGUUCCAUAAUUUCUUCAAUUUGAGCGUUUUUCUCGACAGUCGCAAUAACACGAUUCAAUUAAUGCAUUUGGUAGAAGAAGACGCGCUGAAAAGCGCCGUGAAAUAUUUACCAAUGCUGUUGGAUCAUUACCGAAUACUUUUCUACGGAGCUCAAUUUGAUCUAAUGGUACCCUACGUCCAUGUAUCGAAUUUCCUCAGGAAACUCGAAUGGAAAGGAGCGAUCGAUUACUAUAAUAUGGUCAAGUCUCCCAGGAACAAAUGGUACGUCGGAGAUGAAAUGGCCGGAUACUGGAAAACAGUUGGAAAUUUAACCGAGGUAAUGGUCAGAAAUUCGGGCCAUAUGAUCGACGUUUCGCAGCCCAAAUGGGCUAUCAAUUUGCUCAGGUCGUUUAUAUCGAAUAAAUUUCAUUCGGCUUCCGAGCAGGUUGAAAGUUCCACCCCUACGGUUAUAAUGGAUCUAUCCCGGCACGUGUGAUCUCGAUUAUAAUCGAGAAAAAAAAUAAACAUUUACAAAUCAAUUCACCCAGUCAAGAUCUAUAUACGCAUUUUCAAAAACAUUUUUCGCCAACUCACCAGCGACAUGACAAAAAAAACUCAAAAAAAAAAACCGAAUAAAAUCAACUUAUUCGAUAUCGUUUUAAUUAUGACCAUUGUGUAGAUCUCUAGGUACACUGCAGUGGAAGCCUUUGCUUCGUGAUGCGGAACCCCGCGUACUCGUACUCGUAUUAUAGGGUUACUAUAAUAUUUAUAUCUAUACCCAUAUCACAACCCCAACGCAAGUGUAUCUUUUUCACCCCCAAAAUCAUUCAACCCUAAUCGUUUCCGUUCACCCUAGUGCCAAAUAAUAGACUCUUUAAAGCGAUUUAGUGUUUGUUAAUUUGAUUAUGACGAGCCGUGUUGCCUGUUCAUAACGAUGCGAUUAUUAAGAAUCACACCGCCGUAUCAACGCCUUUCCAUAAUUACCAGCGUUUUCUUUUUUAGUUAGGUAUACGGAAAAUACGAUAAAAAUAAGAAGAAAAAAAAACGCGUCUCUGUUCCAAAGGAAGUGAUCGUUAUUAAGUAGUCUUCUGGGGUUUCUCACUCUCCCAAGUGUUUAUAUAAAUUGUACAUACAGUAGCAUUCUUUAUACGCGACAAAGAUACUAUAGCGAUACUUCCUUUUUUUAAUCGUUAUAUUGUCCUAUUAUGUAGACUAGAUAGUAGAUACUACCUACCUAACUAUAAUUCUUCGUAAUUAAAUUUUAUGCGGCGAGUA